GGACUGGCACUUGGUGAUUGGUGUCCGUCUAACGAACCGCAUCGAAUCGUGCGCAACGUAUCAUAAUAAUAACGCAGUGUUGUUCGUCGUGUCAAUUUAAUUUCGAUUUAUCCGCGGGUUUAAGUGUUGUAUUUUUUUUUUCUAUCAAACGUCCAGAGAAUCUUACCACCGUCAUGGGAUUUAAGGUAUUAGCGGUUACGCUGUUGUUGGCCGUCAGCUGCAGCGCCCAAUACGAAGCGGCAAGCCAUCAACACGACGAGGGAUGCUCUCAUCCACCGAAAUACGGACCCUCGAAACCCGAAUAUAGCCAAUCUCUAGUUUCUUACUCCUCCCCGGCGCCCAAGCCCGUGGCGUACUUCAAACCGGCUAGCUACGAAUCGGCAGCGAGCUACUCGGCUCCAAGCUACUCGGCCCCGAGCUAUUCGUCUCAGAGCUACUCGGCUCCGAGCUACUCGUCUCAGAGCUACUCGGCUCCGAGCUACUCGUCUCAGAGCUACUCGGCCCCGAGCUACUCGUCUCAAAGCUACUCGGCCCCGAGCUACUCCGCUCCCAGCUACUCAGCGCCCAGCUACUCUUCUCAGAGUUAUGCGGUUCCCGAACCGAGCUACGCUUCCCCGAGCACUCCGAAAUACUCUUCAGCCAGCUACACCAACAACUACAAGCCAGCAAAGGCCACGUACUCCGCUCCCAGCUACUCGGCUCAAGCAUACAAGCCAGCCGCGUACACUACGCCCAAAUAUGAAGCCCCGCAAUAUGUGUCCAGCACCACCGAGUACACUCCUCAUGAAUACAAAGGCGAUUACAAAUCGGCUGCACCAUACUCCGUGACCACACCAAAAUGCGACGAUGCUUCCCAACACGAAUACUCCACUCCAGCUCCGUCUUACUCCUCAUAUUCUUCGGCCCCAGCUUCUUACGCCAAGAAACCCGCCUACUCCUCGUCCAGCUACUCUUCAUCCAGCUACUCCGCUCCGUCUCCCAGCUACGCAGCACCCAGUCCGUCUUAUUCUCCAGCACCGGCCAGCUACUCUCAACCGAAAUACUCGGCACCAAGCAGCUAUUCCUCAUCCAGCUACUCUUCGGCCAGCUACUCCACUGCUGCCCCGAGCUACGCCGCACCAAGCCCAUCUUACUCUCCAGCACCGGCCAGCUACUCUCAACCGAAAUACUCGGCACCAAGUAGCUACUCCUCAUCUAGCUACUCGUCGUCCAGCUACUCCGCCCCAGCUGUGAGCUACGCCGUACCCGAACCCAUUUACGCUUCCCCGGCCGCUCCUAGCUAUUCCACACCGGCUCCGAGCUACGCCGUACCCGAACCCAUUUACGCUUCCCCGGCCGCUCCAAAAUACUCCGCUCCCAGCUACUCCACACCGGCCCCCAGCUACGCCGUACCCGAACCCGUCUACGCUUCCCCGGCUGCACCCAAAUACUCCGCCCCCGCUCCCAAAUAUCAAGCGGCCAGCCAAAACUCGUAUUCGAGCAGCAGCUACAAGUCCGCCAAGCCCGCGUACUCCGCAUCGGCCGAAUACAACAAACCCGUAGUGUACUCGACCCCGUCGUCUUACGUUGCCGUGUCGCCCGUUAAAUGCGACGACCACGAGUACGCCACAAAGGCUCCGUCAUCCUACUCGAAACAAUCAUACGCCCCAGCACCGGCAGCUUACUCGUCAGCCUCGUACUCAGCACCGAAACAAUCAGCACCGAUCGCCGUAUACUCCGCUCCGUCCAGUUCCUACAGCUCGUCCAGCUCGUCCGCUUCCUACGGCCCGUCCGCUUCCUACGGCCCGUCCGCAUCCUACGGCCCAGCCACCGCCCCCGAGUACUCCGCCGCCCCGAGCUACUCGUCUCCGUCGUACGCCUCGGCCGCUUCGAGCUACGGAUCUGCUCCAGCGUACGCGCCAUCCGCUCCGGCGUACACUCCCGCGGCCGCUGCUUACACACCGGCCAAGACUUACGCUAGCUACGUUACACCACCCAAGACCGGACCGACCAAAAACGUUGUCAACACUCACUUGGAAAAUUACGACGAGAACCCGAGAUACGCCUACGAGUACAGCGUAGACGAUUCGUACACCGGUGAUAAGAAGAGCCAAAAGGAAGAACGCGACGGUGAAGUUGUGAAAGGAGAAUACAGUCUUGUCGAACCCGACGGUUCCAUAAGAACUGUAACCUACUACGCCGAUUGGGACAACGGUUUCUUCGCCAACGUCUCCAAGACUCCGGCUGCAGGAGCUAAAUACUAAUUUUAAACAACUCGCGCGUUGCAUGUACUUUUUAACUCUUUUAUGACAGUUUAUUUCAUUUUUUUUUUAUUUUUUUUAUUUUUUGUACGUCUGAUGUCAUCAUCAUAACAUUCGUAAAUGUAACUCAACGACGACCCAAUCACCGCCCUUCACGUAUAUUUUUUUAGACUCGGAAAACAGUAUAAAUUAUCGAUUUGUCGAGACCAUCAGUGUAGAUGCCGUUCGUUCGAAUGAGAAAGAUAAAUGGAAAUGUAUAAAUACACGAUCUCACGACUCCGUUGAAAAACGUAUCAACAUUUAAACUUGAUGCAUUAUGCACGUAAAUGUCGGUGCAUAACUGUCUACAAAAAAUUAAAAAUUAAAAUAAAUUCCAAGAAUAAAACGCGAUGAAUUAUUUCGAUGUAUAUGAUAUAUCAAUGUGUAACGUUCUAUCAUAAACAAUCGUUCUCGAAAGCCUACCACAACACAAAAGCGUUCAAUCAACAAUAACAUAAUACAUUGUCCAAUUUCAAUAAUGGAAUAUAAUAUUACGUUCUUCCUAAUUCUUUACUUAAUGCAAUAUUGUACAUAUUUAUGAUUUUCGAUGUAAAAUUAUUAUUAUUAUUAUUUUUUUUAUUAUUAUUAUUAUAGUUAUUAUUUGUAUUGCUCUUCGCGCGUACACACAAUCUUCAUUCGAUGUUGGCGUUUUAUAAUUACCAUGUGUAUUACGACCAAAAGUUAUUGUAGUAUAUAUAAAUAUUACUUUUUUUUUUUACUUAUAUAAAUGAAAAAUUCGUAGUUACCAACCACAUA